AAUCCUCAAACCGAAUGGAAGUUGAACAUGAACAACCACCGGAACAUGAAGCCGGUAGUGUAGAUGCUUCAAAUCGACCAUCAACUUCUUCUGAAAAUCCAAAUCCAGAAGAACCGUGUCCACAACCACCUUCUGAUCCAAUAAUCGAUGAUAAUGAUGAUCAUUUAAUGUGUCGAGUAUGUCGUGGAAAUGAGGGAAGUCUCUAUUAUCCGUGCUUAUGUACAGGAAGUAUUAAAUAUGUACAUCAAGAAUGUCUAGUAGAGUGGCUCAAGUACAGUAAAAAAGAAGUAUGUGAACUGUGUAAUCACAAAUAUUCAUUCCAACCAAUUUAUCGACAAGAUAUGCCAAAAGCUCUUCCAAUUCUUGAAAUAUUACGUGGAGUUUUGAUAUCAGGAGCAAUAAUGGUCAGAACAUGGAUUAUAUAUACAAUUGUAAUGACUACAUGGCUUGGAAUUGUACCAUUAACAGCCGCCCGUAUCUAUAAUUGCAUCUUCUAUUUAUCAUUUCAUGACAUUGUCAAUGCACCAUUCCAAUUGUUCAAAGCUGAACAUUUUUUCAAUGAUAUUCUGAAAGGAAGUCUACUACUUCUCGUUUUUGUGUGUACAUUCAUCUCGCUUGUCUGGCUCCGCGAGCAAAUUAUUAUCGGUGGACCACAACACUUUUUGAAUAUUGAAGCGGAAGAGAAUGAAGGAGAGGAUGAUGUUGUUAAUGAGAAUAAUGAAUCGUCGGAUGAAUCGGAAGAUGAUGAAGAAGAUGAAGAUGAUGAGGAGGAUGACGACGAGGAUGAUGAAGAAGAGGAAGAAGAUAGUGAAUCUGGAUAUGAAGAGGAUCCUGUUCCAGAAUUUCGUGAAGAAGGUGAAGCUUAUGUGGCUCGGAGGAGAGUACCAUUUGAAGAAAGAAGACGUGAUAUUCUUGAAGCUAGACAUGGAUUCCGGCCGCAGAUGCCAAAUCUGGGUAUAUACGAUGACAUGAGAGAUGAUGAGAAUGAAGUACUCGAAAAUGAUCAUGUACUUCAAAAUGUACAAGAAGAUCGUAUUCCACCACCAAUGGAGCCGGAGCCAAUAGUUCCACGAGCAGCUGCACGUGCAAAUCGACGAAUUCGUCGUCAACGAGAAAAUGAAGAAGCAGCGGCGGCAGCAGCAGCAGCUCAAGAACAAGGUGGAGCUGGAGAUCAAGAAGAUAAUUGGAGAGAAUGGGAUCGAUUUGGUGAUGAACUGACAUGGCAGAGAUUAUUGGGACUUGAUGGAUCUUUGAUUUUCUUGGAACAUGUAUUCUGGGUUAUAUCAUUGAAUACACUUUUUACUGCUACUUUUGCGUACUUCCCAUUUCGCAUUGGAAACUGGUUCCUAAGUGUCAUCGGACUUCAUGGAAAAAUUUCAUAUUUCCCAUCAAUCGUAGCGAUGCUUCUUGGAUACAUUCAAAUAGCCAUCAUAACCUACGUCAUUCACCAAAUAAUGCUCCAAUUCAAAAUGAAAAUGAUGUAUCGAUUCCUUGGAAUAAUGUUCCUUAUCAUUAAAGUCUUCUUGCUGGUAUUCUUGGAAAUUGGAUUUUUCCCUGUAAUGUGUGGAUGUUGGAUGGAUGUUUGUACACUUCCAUUAUUCAAUAUAACAUUAUCACAAAGAAUUGCAACAUUUGCCACAGCUCCAUUCAUGUCAAUAUUCCUUCAUUGGAUGGUUGGAAUGGUUUAUGUAUUUUAUUCAGCGUCAUUUGUAAUACUUCUACGAGAAAUUCUGCGUCCUGGAGUACUAUGGUUUAUGAGAAAUCUAAAUGAUCCCGACUUUAAUCCAAUUCAAGAAAUGAUUGAUCUACCGUUCACGCGGCAUUUCCGAAGACUUGUUGUAUCUACAACUCUGUUCUUUUCAACGAUUCUUCUCAUCUUCUACAUUCCUCUCAACAUAAUCUCAUCACUUAUUCCAUCACUUCUACCCUACAAUGUUUCAAUGAGCGCAGAGACUCCACUAUCAGAAAUCUCAUUGGAACUACUGAUACUUCAAGUAGUGAUGCCUGCAAUCUUAGAACAUGCAAAUGGUCGUGGUUUUAUCAAGUAUGGAGUCAGAUUUUGGUGUAAAGUAGUUGGAGCUGCGUUGGAUUUGGAUCAGUAUUUGUUGUCGGAUAACAAUAACAAUAAUCAGAACAAUAAUAAUAAUAACAAUGAUCCAUUGAGAGCAGGAAAUAAUCAAGCUGGUGGAGGUCUUGCAGCUGAGCAUCAAGCUCUUCUCCUGCUCCGCGAGCCCCGAGCCUACGAGCCAUACAAUCGACCAUCACUAUUCGGAGUUCGUGUAUCGAUUCUUCUUGUUCUAAUGUCUUUGACAACAACUCUAUCAAGUGUUGUUGUAUUCAUUGUACCUGCUUCAAUUGGACGUUUCAUUAUUCUAAUGGUUUCGGGACAAACGAAUGUUCAUGAGAUGUACACUGUUUCUCUGGGUCUCUAUGUUUGUUGGACAAUCGGGAAGUUUGGAGCAGUUGUGACGAAGUUUGUGAGAGGAGGACCACACUUGUUCAAGAGAGCUGUUGUUCAUUAUUCUUACUUGGGAAUGCGCCUGUUUCUUGUUGCAAUUCCAAUAAUUAUCGUCUUGCCACUUUUGAUGGGUACUUAUUUCCAAUUGGUUUUCUUCACUCCAAUGCGAUUGGGAUAUCAACAGACAGCACUAAUGUUCCCAUAUCAAGACUGGGCAAUGGGCGUUGUUCAAAUCAAAAUCUUCGGUGUAAUUGCUGUAAUGGGACCCGAUUGGUGGCUGAAAACAGAACUCGAUCUACUUGUGCAACGUGGAAUUGAGAAUUUUGCGGCGUUACACGUUUUCGUGAGGAUUGUCGUCCCAUGUAUACUGUAUCUAUCGACUUUUAUCGCUUUUCCGGUUGUUGUGAUCAAGUUUUACGCGUUUAUUUCAGGCGCUGAUCCAGAAUUCACGAUGCUUCUUCUUCGUUUCUCGUAUCCAGCAUUCUUGUUCAUAACCUCAGCCGUCGUCUUCAUCAGAUGGCAAGUUGUAAAGUUCCGCGAGUUGGCGGAAAAAAUCAAAAAUGACCGGUAUCUGGUGGGCACACAACUAGUCAACUACGAGAGAAACGGCGUUCGAGCCACUGCUGCUCAGUGAUAAAUAUCAAACUUUUUUCCCAAUUUUUUCCAGUUUUUCCGUGUGAAUCUUUCUCAUAAGGUUGUUUAUUCAUCUCUCUUAAUAUCUACAUUUUUCUCAUUUCUUCACACAACUUUCGUGUAAUUUCGGUGAUUUUUUCCCAUUUUUUGUGUAGUUUUUCUUCCUUAUCCUACAUCAACGGUGACUUGUAACUUUUUUCCUGAAUCAGUGAAAAUCAAGCAAUUACCCUGGUCUCACCACGACCGGGAAUUAGUAGCUACCGUACCCACUAGAGCUACUUGGCAUAUUUGUGGUUACGGUAGCUGUAAAGUUUCAAUCGUGUCAAGACCCGGUACCGUACCUUUGCGUCAAGAGGUAACACCGUACUUCUCCAAAUACUUGUUUUUUCUACCAUUCUCGCUAGUUUUCCCAACUCUUUCCCAGGAUUUUCUCUGUUUCUUUCCUAUCUUCAUAUUCUUUUUUGCUGUUUUGGCUAUCAUGAUAUACUAUAAAUGUGUAAUAUUAUUCAAAUUAUAUAGAAAUGAAUGAAAAAUUCAGAUUUU